AGCGAUCCUCUACACUACGACACCGCCAUUCUGCUCACUCGUGAGGACUUAUGUCGACUGCCAAACACUUGUGAUACGUUAGGCUUAGCACAAUCCGGACAGAUAUGUGAGGGAAGGGCUAGUUGUGCCGUCAUCGAAGACAAUGGACUUAGUGCUGCUUUUACCAUAGCUCAUGAAUUAGGACACAUCUUAAGUAUACCCCACGACGACGACGACAAAUGUGUUAAAUACCGCGAAUACUCGGAAGAAAACAAGCAAUUCAUUAUGGCUCGUAUGUUGGACUAUACCAGCCAUCCCUGGUCCUGUGACGGCAAUGGUGACUGUUUGCUGGACAAGCCAUCGCAUAACCUACUCAAUGACAUACUGUGGCGAAGUGACGAUCACUUUUCACUGAUGGAGUUACGACAGCCGGGUCAGCUCUUUGAUAUGGACCUCCAGUGUCAACUGGUGUUUGGGCCCACAUCACGCAUCUGCCCCUAUAUGCCUGUCUGUAAGCGUCUCUGGUGUACAAUCAGUUCAGAGGGGGGCGGGUGUCGCACCCAACAUAUGCCAUGGGCUGACGGCACACCCUGUGCUCAAAACAAAUGGUGUCAACGCGGCGAUUGUGUCACUACAGUCCGACAACUAGAGUCACAUCCAGUCGAUGGCCAAUGGGGUCCAUGGAAUCCAUUUCAAGAGUGUUCCCGCAGUUGUGGUGGAGGUAUACAGAAGUCUAGCCGCGACUGCAAUCAUCCAAAGGACUUUGUGGUCAGUAUGUUUCAUAAGACUAUACGAUAUGGAGGCAUAACUGUAGAGUAUAGCGGAUCUAAUGAAGCAAUUGAAAGGAUUAAUACGAGCAGAACAUUGACGCGACAAUUGUAUGUUGAGGUGUUAAGUGUGGGCAACUUGUCGUCUCCAGACAUCAUAUAUCACUACACAAUUACUAUGAAACGCAACAAACAGGUCCAGCAAACUAUCACUUCACAUAUUACACAAUCUCCCACUGCCAUAAUCAACACCAACACCAAUACUACUGCUAUAAGCACUUCCAGUGCCAUAACUGUCACUCAUAUUAAUAGCCAAUCUGAAAGCACAUCCACGACAAUAGCCAUAUCGUCGCUGACCAGUACUCCCUUCACUCCAUUCUAUCCAUUGACUAAUUUAGCGACAAUUUCUGAAUCAAGUGUUUGGACACAAGUGAUGAGUACUGAGACCACAUUCGUCUCGACAAUCAGUCACAGCACCGAUAGAAGUGAUAGAACUGAUAGGACAGACAGGACUGAUAGAACAGACAGGAGUGACAGCAUUGACAAUAUGAUAGGCGUGUCGACCAAUGAGUCGUCCAACUCGUGGCUGUACUCGCAAUGGACCCAAUGUUCGGUGUCGUGUGGGAACGGCACACAAACCAGACACUCGUUUUGUGCCNCUGACAGCAUUGACAAUAUGAUAGGCGUGUCGACCAAUGAGUCGUCCAACUCGUGGCUGUACUCGCAAUGGACCCAAUGUUCGGUGUCGUGUGGGAACGGCACACAAACCAGACACUCGUUUUGUGCCAAAGAGACGGAUGCCCGACACUGUAUACCUGAGACCAAACCUUCACCACAAGUUCGUCACUGUUUCCGUGUGUGCAGUCUAUUCCAGUGGAAGUCGUUUGUGUGGUCACAAUGUAGUGUCACGUGUGGAAAGGGCUUCAAAUCACGGCUCAUUCAAUGUCUCGAUUGGACUAAUACUGUAGUUCCCAAUCAGUUCUGUGACCCGUCCACCAAACCCAAGAGCGCUGCUAUCAGUUGUGAUGAUAUAUACAAACGCGGAAAUGCAAGAAGUGAUGGCGAGUAUUCAAUUUAUAUCCGGGGAGUAAUGGUUCGCAUAUAUUGUUAUGGCAUGGAAUCGGCCAAACCCUUGGAAUACCUCACAUUGACGGCCGGGGUUCUGGAAAACUAUAGUGAGAUAUACAAUAAAAGGCCCACUAAAGUAGAUGUGUGUCCUUACAAGGGGGACAAGUGUGAGACCUGUGCCACCAGUGAUGCGCGUAUUGGUGGCGGACUCACACAGUUUCAGAGGAUUCGCAUCAAUAUUACUUCACUGGUAGUGUUCGUUAAACUUCCCGUGCCCCGACUCACACAGAGGCUUCUGCGCCACCAAUCAGGUCCCCUUGUUUCGUUGGAGACACAGCGUCUUAUGGCAGAACCAGUUCCCGGCAUUUCUGCCAUUCCUGAUGAGAGCAAUGCCCGCUAUUUCCAUGUGGUGGUGGCCGGACCUGAAGAGUCUCCAUUCGAAGGCGGAGUCUUCAAACUGGAGUUGUUUUUGCCCGAAGAGUACCCGAUGUCUGCACCGAAAGUGCGGUUUAUGACCAAAAUAUAUCACCCGAACAUCGAUAAGUUGGGCCGAAUCUGCCUCGACAUCCUCAAAGAUAAGUGGAGUCCAGCCCUUCAGAUCCGAACGGUGUUGCUGUCAAUUCAAGCGCUUCUGUCGGCUCCCAAUCCGGACGACCCGCUCAACAACGAUGUCGCCGAGCAGUGGAAGGUUAAUGAAGCCGAGGCUAUCAGGACUGUGUAUUGUCAGCGAUUGCUUCAGCGGUCCAUUAGGCAACUCCUCACAGUCACCACACGCACCAACACUACCAUUCACUGUCAAUUGACACCCUUUCCACCCAUUGGUGCCAUCAGAUCCCUUUCCCACGACAUGACAUUCGUGUAUCCGUUAGCCAGAAGAGACGAGACCAUCAAUGAAGUGAUUCACGGCAUUGAGGUUAGUGAUCCGUAUCGUUGGUUAGAAGAGUCGGACAGUUCGGAGACGAAGGCCUUCAUCGAUGGCCAGAACGCCGUUACAAUGCCUUACAUUGAGUCGUGUGUUGAUCGGAACCAAAUCAAAGACAGAUUGACUCAAUUAUGGGAUUAUCAACGAUACGGGUGUCCAUUCAAACGCGGAGACAAUUACUUCUAUUAUAUGAAUACUGGUCUUCAGAAUCAAUCAGUUCUUUAUGUGAUGGAAGCGCUGGACUCGAAACCCAACGUAUUUCUAGACCCGAAUGAGUUGAGCGCAGACGGGACCACAAGUCUCAGUGUCACCUCUUUCUCAGAGGAUGGCCUGUGGUUUGCUUAUGGAUUAAGCGAUUCCGGCUCCGAUUGGGUUCGCAUUCGCAUACGGAGUGUCAACACAGGCGAAGAUUGUGCCGAAGAGCUAACGAAAGUGAAAUUUACUUCCAUCGCGUGGACUCACGACAAUAAAGGCUUCUUUUAUGCGUGUUACCCGGAUCACAAUGAGAAGAGCGAUGGCACGGAAACAACGGCCAAUCUAUUCCAGAAGUUGUAUUACCAUCGGAUUAACAGCGAUCAGUGCGAAGACACACUUGUGGUACAGUUCAAAGAGCAGCCCAACUGGAGAGUUGGAUGUGCAGUUAGUGAUUGCGGUCAGUUUUUACACGUUUAUGUGAGGGAGAGCUGCCAGAACUGUCUCUGGUAUUAUUGCCACCUGAAUGGUGUGGCCAUCGAUUGUGAACUGAAGUUAAUUGCAAUCAUAGAUGAAUUUAGCGCAGAGUAUGAGUACGUGACGAAUGACGGCCCCAUAUGUUAUAUGCGUACAAACAAAAACGCCCCCAACUUUCGACUCGUCAAGAUCGACCUGAACCGGCCAUCCAUUGAUAAUUGGGAGGAUCUCAUUGCAGAGCACCCUAAAGAUGUGUUGGACUGGUGUUCGGUCGCCAACGACGAUGUAAUCAUCAGCUGUUAUAUACGAGAUGUGGUGAAUAUCCUCGAAUUAAGAUUACUAUCAAACGGGUCACUCGUCAAGAAUUUGAAUGUACCGAUCGGUUCAAUAACCGGAUUCUCUGGCAAACGACGACAAAAGGAGAUAUUUUAUUACUUCACAUCUUUCUUGACGCCGGGAAUUAUAUAUCACUUUGACUUUGUCGGUGAGCCAACGGUUUUCAAGGAGAUUAAAGUUCGAGACUUUGACGCUUCGGUAUAUGUGACGAAACAGAUUUUCUACGACAGCAAAGACGGAACCAAAAUUCCUCUUUUCGUGGUUCACCACAAAGACGUGGUCCUGAACGGAGACAAUGUGUGUCUACUGUACGGUUAUGGAGGAUUUAAUAUAUCAAUUCAGCCGUCGUUUAGUAACCAACGCGUUCUCCUAAUGAAGAAUUUGAACGGAAUCUUCGCUUUGGCUAACAUUAGAGGAGGCGGUGAAUACGGCGAGAAAUGGCACGAUUCGGGCAAACAAUUGCAAAAACAGAACGUCUUCGAUGACUUCUUGGGAGCCGCACAACACCUCAUUGACAACCAAUACACCUCUCGCCGCAAACUCAUCAUUCAAGGCGGCAGUAAUGGAGGUCUACUUGUGGGUGCAGUCGCUAAUCAGAGGCCCGACUUGUUUGGAUGUGUCAUCUGUCAUGUGGGAGUGAUGGACAUGUUGCGCUUCCAUAAAUUCACUAUUGGCCAGGCGUGGUGUUCUGACUACGGCAACCCCGAUGAGGCCAUACACUUCCAUAAUGUUCUCAAAUAUUCACCGCUCCAUACAAUCCCAGACCCACCGCAACCAUAUCCGGCCACUCUAUUACUGACAGGCGAUCACGACGACCGUGUGGUGCCUUUGCAUUCGCUUAAAUUCAUCGCUCAAUUACAGUACAAAUUGGGCGAAAGCAACGCUAAGACACCGCUUAUGAUCCGAGUGGACACUAAAGCAGGACAUGGAGCCGGGAAACCGACCGCCAAAAUGAUUGAAGAGCUGACAGACAUCUACUCAUUCAUUGUGAAUGCACUUCAACUUCAAAUGAAGACAUGAUUUGUUGCAUGACUUGUGACACAAUUUAUUUUCUUAUUAAACAACUUUUACAAUAAUUAGAAAUA